UGCGCGCCGUGGCGGGGACGGACGCAGGCCGGGGGGCGCGGGCACGCGGGCCUCUUGCGCGGACGCACCGAUCGAGCCACCGCUGCGGCUGCCUUCGCUGGGGGCCUGGCCGGUGGGGCCGUGCGGACCCAGGGAGUCCGCCGAGUUUCAGGAGGAACCUCAGUCCAUGUCCAGUAUUUACAAGAUCUUGGGAUAUAAGUAGUAGUGCUGUGAAUAGAUUGUGUCUGAAAAUCGGGACCUUCUCCCCGCUCUGCCAAAAUAACUCAGCGUGUUCACUCUUGAUGCCUGAAGAAAAUAACACUUCGGCGUUAUGCAGAACCACAGAUGAUAGAAUGUUGAACUGGAAGGACUUUGGGUAUCUUCAAAUCUAGUUCUUUUGUUUUGCAACUAAAGAAACCAGAUCUGGAGAGGUUAAUGGGUAUUCCCAACUCACACUGUGUGCUAAGCCAAGUGCCUUGAUGGAGAAGAGCAAAGAAAGGUUCUAAUUUUAUUUCUAAGUGUGUCAAUGAAAUUGCUGAUAAUGCUGAUCUUCUCCUUGAAAACGUGAAGAGGGAGGAGCCAGUUGUCCCUGUGCAUAUUUCAGGGGAGUAGGGUGCUUUUCUGAUUUGGGUAGAAGGCAUGUUUGUUACCAUGAAGCUGCUGCACCCAGCCGUCCAUAGCUGCUGCCUGCUGGCCCUGCUCAGCGUAUGGGGAGCUCCUCCUGAGGCUCACGCUGCAUUGGCAGCCACACCGGGCAUCAGCGCCGCCUCCUUCCUGCAGGACCUCAUGCAUCGCUAUGGGGAGGGCGACAGCCUCACCCUACAGCAGCUGAAGGCCCUGCUCAACCACCUAGAUGUGGGUGUGGGCUGGGACAAUGUCACCCAGCCUGUGCAGGGACAGAGGAACCUCUCCACGUGUUUUAGUUCUGGAGACCUCUUUGCUGCCCACAACUUCAGUGACCAGUCACGGAUCGGGAGGCGGGAGUUCCAGGAGUUCUGCCCUACUGUCCUCCAGCAGCUCGAUUCCCGGGCCUGCUCCUCUGAGAACCAGGAGAAUGAGGAAAAUGAGCAGACGGAGGAGGGGAAGCCAAGCUCAGUCGAAGUGUGGGGCUUCGGUUUCCUCAGUGUCUCACUGAUUAACCUAGCCUCUCUCCUGGGAGUCCUCGUCCUGCCAUGCACGGAGAAAGCGUUUUUCAGCCGUGUGCUCACUUACUUCAUCGCCCUGUCCAUUGGAACGCUGCUCUCUAAUGCGCUCUUCCAACUCAUCCCAGAGGCUUUUGGUUUCAACCCUCUGAAAGAUCCUUAUGUCGCUAAGUCUGCACUGGUGUUUGGGGGCUUUUAUCUUUUCUUUUUCACAGAGAAGAUCUUGAAGAUACUUCUUAAGCAGAAAAACGAGCGGCAUCACGGACAUAGCCAUUAUGCCUCUGAGACACUCCCCUCCAAGAAGGACCAGGAGGAAGGGGUGACAGAGAAGCUGCAGAACGGGGAUCUGGACCACAUGAUUCCUCAGCACUGCAGCGGUAGGCUGGAUGGGAAGGCCCCCAUGACGGAAGAGAAGGUCAUCGUGGGCUCGCUCUCUGUCCAGGACCUGCAGGCCUCCCAGGGCGCCUGUUACUGGCUGAAGGGUGUCCGCUACUCUGACAUCGGCACCCUGGCCUGGAUGAUCACCCUGAGCGACGGCCUGCACAACUUCAUUGACGGCCUGGCCAUCGGUGCCUCCUUCACCGUGUCCGUCUUCCAGGGCAUCAGCACCUCGGUGGCCAUCCUCUGCGAGGAGUUCCCACACGAGCUCGGUAAGUGCUCACACACUCCGCUUGUGCUGCCUCAGUCAUUGGCACGGGCACCCCCACACUGCCACUUCAAAACAUUUGUCAUUAAUUCACAGUCUCUCUGCCAUGUGAAGUCUAACUGCUCACUCUUAAUAGUUGAAUUAGUAAUUGACUAUCGAUAAAACAGGGAUGUUUGUUUCCCAUUUGCCCCAAAUGCUGU